AUGGCCCGGAUGGUAAAGAAUAAAUUGGAUGGCUGCUACUAUGCUGUUAAGCGCAUCCUGGUGAAUCCCAGCAGUAAGCAGUUCCGUAGGAUAAAGGGUGAGGUGACACUGCUGUCACGUCUAAGUCAUGAGAACAUUGUGAGGUACUACAAUGCCUGGAUUGAGAAACAUGAAAUCCAGCCUCCUCUGCACUCGGACACAGAAAGUUCCCCACAAACACCUGAGCCAGGCCACCAGAAUAAGUGGAGCAUGUCGGAUGAUGUUGAAAAAAAUGCCCCAGCCCCAGUUACGACCAGUUCAGUGGAAUGGAGCACGUCAUGUGAAAGAUCAUCAAGUGCCAAAUGUGGGGACAGGGAGUCAACCGAUGAGGAGGAUGAUGAUGAUGAGGAGGAUGUGUUUUGUGCAUCAUUUUUACAAGCCGAUAUUGAUUCAGACAGUGACAUUAUCUUUGAGAAUGGUGAUGAAAACAGCGACAACAUCCCCAUGAGUAGAGAAGCUGCAAGUAAGAAGGAUCAAGGCAAUGAGAAAGUGGAGAAAGCGGAGAUUGUGCUGCUGCCACAAACAGUGCACUAUUUGUAUAUUCAGAUGGAAUACUGUGAGAAAAGCACUCUACGAGACACGAUCGACCAUGGACUGUAUGGAGACACCAACCGCCUUUGGAGGCUCUUCCGGGAAAUCCUUGAUGGACUGGCCUAUAUCCACGAGCAGGGAAUGAUUCACAGGGAUCUGAAACCUGUUAAUAUUUUCCUUGAUUCAUAUGAUCAUGUGAAAAUAGGAGACUUCGGUUUAGCCACAGAUCAUCUUGCUAAUGUGGCAGGUGACAAAUGGGAAGCAGAUGGAAGUGGAUCGAUUCGCAAUAUUAAAUCUGACCCAGCAGAAAACUUGACUGGAAUGGUUGGCACUGCCCUGUAUGUGAGCCCUGAGGUUCAGGGCAAUGCAAAGGCCACUUACAAUCAGAAAGUGGAUCUGUUCAGUUUAGGAAUCAUUUUCUUUGAGAUGUCAUAUCAUCCCAUGGCUACAGCUUCCGAGAGGAUUUCCGUCCUCAGCAAGCUUCGAAUGCCAACUAUUGAGUUCCCUGAAGAUUUUGGUGAAGAAAAAUGUUCAAAACAGAGAUUGAUCAUUGGCUGGUUGUUGGAUCACGACCCAACCAAACGCCCCACUGCAGUCGAGCUGCUGAAGAGUGAGCAACUCCCGCCGCUCCAAAUGGAGGAGUCGGAGCUGCACGAAAUGUUGCACCACACGCUGGCAAACACCAGCAGUAAGGCUUACCGAACCAUGGUCACCCAGAUCUUCUCUCAGCGUAUCACUCCUGCCAUGGAUUUCACCUAUGAUUUUGAUGUUUAUAAGGGCAGCUUCUCAGUUCAGCACAACAUGGUGCAGGAGUUCGUGCAUGAGACCGUGUGCCGAAUAUUCAAAAGGCACGGUGCCACUUGUGUAAACACACCGCUAUUUAUGCCAAAGAACAAGAAGUUGUAUGAGAGUAGUGAGGGAGCCUACUUCAUGGACCAUAGUGGAAUGUUGGUCAUGCUUCCCCAUGACCUUAGGGUGCCAUUUGCGAGAUUUGUGGCAAGAAACAACAUCACCAAUUUAAAAAGGUACUGUAUUGAACGGGUAUUCAGACCUCGAAGGUUGGACCGCAGUCACCCUAAAGAACUCCUAGAAUGUGCAUUUGAUAUUGUCACACCGAUCACAAGCAACCUGCUGCCAGAUGCCGAAGUCAUCCAAGUCAUUGCCCAGAUUAUUCAGUUGUUUCAUGUACUGCAGAAGAGGAACUACAGCGUGUAUCUGAACCACAUCUGCCUGUUGAGGGCAGUGCUGCUGCAUUGUGAGAUACCGGAGGACAAACUCCAACAGGUGUGCAACAUCCUGUGUGAUGCCAUGACAGGGAAGCUGACUAGACGAGAGAUAGAAGCCAAGUUCUACAAUCUCUCCCUGUCGCAAAAUAAUCUCUUGCACCUGUACAAGUACAUCGAAGCCAAGUCGAACAUAGAAGAAUUGAGCAGUGUGUUGAACCCACUGAUGAAAGGGAAGUUAGCUGUUUCCCAGCUGGCAAAGCAAGGCUUAAAGGACCUGCAGGCUGUGACAGAGCUCCUAAAGAAACUUAAAUUCAAGCUUCAGGUGGUGAUCAAUCUGGGCCUUGUCUACAAGGUGCACCAGUACAGUGGAAUCAUCUUCCAGUUCGUUGCAUUUGUAAAUCGGCGACACCGUGUUGUUCCAGAUAUCCUAGCAGCAGGAGGGAGAUAUGACAAUCUGAUCCUCGAGUUCCAGGGUCCACAAGUCUCAGGUCCGGUUCCCACUGCCGUAGGAGUCAGCCUUGCCUUGGAUAAGAUCUCCACGCUUUGUAGUGCAUCAAUGCCGUGUGAUGGUUGCCAUUGUAAGGCACUGGUGGUUGCAGUCAGGAGGACGUUGAUUGACAGAUCUAUCGACAUCAUCCAGAAGCUGUGGACAGUGGGGAUAAAUGCUGAACUCCUAUGUGAUGCCUCCCAGGAAGAAGUUCAGAAGCAUUGCAAACAGACUGGAAUCAUUUAUGCAAUCCUGGUCUCGGAUAAAGAGAAUAAACACGUGAAGGUGAGAUCAUUUGAAAAGGACAAACAGACGGAAAAGCGAGUUUUGGAAAGUGAAUUGCUGGAACAUUUCUCUCAGAAACUGUGGUGCAAAGUGUCGAUGACAAGAACAGCAGGUGAGCACAGUUUGGUUCUGGGGUCUUUCUUCCUGUGUUUAACUCUAAGCAGGGAAUCUCCAGAGAUCCUCUCCUCUCAGGGCCCGAUAGGAUCACUCUGCAGUGUUACAGGAUCUUUUGAAUCAAGUGGAGGUUCAAUUACCCCAAAUCUUACUUUCAUUCCACCCGACAAGUUAUCUGCCAGCAACAAAGAGCGGUACAGAGAGAAGGUUGAAACAAGACUUAAAACCUUUGUUGGUAACCUGCAGCAGAAAAGUAGUGAAAUUGAAGUUUUAAUGGUUGAUGUGUCGAAGGAAACUGUGAAGAGCUUCUUAUCACUGAAGUGUGACGGAGAUGAGCAAACAUUUAACACCAGUCUCCAACAGCUGCUCUCUCAGUCAUCUAAACAACGCUACCUGAAAUCCAUCUGUGACCAAAUCCAUCACUUCAAAUUGAUCAAGAGAGUGUCCAUGCUGGUUCUGUACAGUUACAAAGAUGACUACUACCAGAUUAUGUUCUAGUGAGGUUCCCAGUUCCAAGGUUGUACAGGAGCAUUGCAUGGAGCAGGCCUGUGCAGAUUAUUUUGAUGCAUUAGGAAUUCAUGAGCUAGUUACCCAGGAGAGCUGGAAUGUUGUUUCACAACUGGGAAUAUUUGAAUCAAAUAUAUCAAUCCAGUGUGCUGUGGAUGCACACAUCUUGUAUUACUGCAGUGUGUUAAACUGCACCAUCAUUGUCAUUCCUCUGUUAUUCUCAGCACCAUCCCUUCAUGUGGUUGCUUUCCCCACCCAAAACUUGAGCUCCAGUUUUAUGGAGGCUAUCAAUCAUCCCACCCCACAGCCAACACUCCCAUACAGACAUUUCUUCAGCAAAAGCAGGUUAGAAGGCUGCUGGACAGUGGCAGGCACAGCUCCACACUGCAUCCUUUGCCAGCAGAAGCCAUCCAGUCAGAGUAUGAAAUAGCUGCUAGUUCUUUCACAUUAGGUGCACUGACUCACCCAUGGUGGCACCUGAUAUAACAAAUCAAGUCUACUCCUCUUCCAAGGCAAUUGUUCACUGUCAUUAGCAGUCCCUGUAUCUUUUCUCUGCUCAUGAUUACAUUGCUUCACCCAACCAUGUUGUUCAGGAGUGAGCCAUGACAUGACUGCCCUACACUUUAAAUCAGUGUUCAGCAGAACUCGGUGCACAUAAGUUCUCCUGUUCCUUGACAAUGAGACGUGCCCCAGCCAGUGCUUGCUGUGAUAUCUGUGCCUGCAGUGAUGCUGCAUCUUCUCUCGCCCCUCCUUCCUAAUGGUGGUUUUCCCCACAACUUUUUGGUCUCAGGCAGCCAAUCAAGGAGAACAAAAUUACAGUACCGUGACUGGGAACGAGUGCCUUUUAAAUCCACCAGCCCACCUUAGUGGGUCACAUUAAUCGACAGGCCCAGGUCAGUGGAUUUUCUGUUCGACUAAGUUCAAAGAAUACAGCGAUGCGAUUGGCCGACCCAUGUUCAUAGGAAUUUUUUUUCUUGCGUUAGGAUCAUGGUAUUUGGUUUUCAAGGGAGAAUCCUUGAAGCACAUCUAAUCUGAGCAUUGUAGUGCUAUAUCGUCCUUAACUAGUAGCCCCAAGCUGUGGGCAGCACUGAAGCCACUUUGAUGAGCUGGGGAGUGUUUUACAGAUUUUAAAGCUGCUGUGGGAUGGCUCAACAUGUCGCCAGUCCAAUCAGUUUCGGAUUGAUACCGCGCCCCUUUGUUGAGCCACUUGCUUUGCACUCUGCUUUCCUAUUGUACAGAACACAGUCUAGCUGCUGCUGGGAUUUGUUGCGGCUAGUGUUGAACAACUGGGAAUAAUCAAAGGUGAAGAAUAUGAACUGAAAACAUUGUACUUUAUCAUGAUUACUUGAUGCUUUCAUGCUGCCUUAGACAGUGCUGCUGAUGCAGCAAUCACAGGAAAGCAAAUAAUAGCCCUGAAGUUCUGAUGCUAGUUUUAGUGACACUUCUGCAGAACUACUUGUUUCUGCCAUUUUGUCAGGGUGUCCUAUAGUAAGAACAAUCUGGGGAAUUUCAGGGUACAAGUUGUUUAUACUUGAAAUUUAAAUCAUUCUAAAUUGUGAACUUCAACAGUGAACGUAAAAUGGCUUUUGCUGUAGAUUUGAAGAAAAAAUAAAUUGUUUU